UUGACUGAAAAUGCCGUCGGUUUCGAAAGCGGCGGCGGCGGCGCUGAGCGGGUCCCCCCCGCAGACGGAGAAGCCGACCCACUACAGGUAUCUAAAGGAGUUUAGGACAGAGCAGUGCGCCCUGUUUGUGCAGCACAAGUGCGCCCAGCACAGGCCAUUUACCUGUUUCCAUUGGCAUUUCCUAAAUCAGCGUCGGCGCAGACCGCUCCGCAGGCGGGACGGCACCUUCAACUACAGCCCGGACGUGUACUGCUCCAAGUACGACGAGGCCAGCGGCGUGUGCCCCGACGGCGACGAGUGUCCGUACCUGCACCGGACGACUGGGGACACUGAGCGCAAGUACCACCUGCGUUACUACAAGACGGGCACGUGCAUUCAUGAGACGGAUGCCCGGGGCCACUGCGUGAAGAACGGGCUGCACUGCGCUUUUGCUCACGGCCCGCUGGACCUGAGGCCACCCGUGUGCGACAUCAGGGAGCUCCAGGCCCAGGAAGCCUUGCAGAACGGCCAGCUCUGUGGUGUGGAUGGCAUCCCUGACCUGCAGCCCGGGGUCUUGGCCAGCCAGGCCAUGAUUGAGAAGAUCCUGGGUGAGGACCCCCGGUGGCAAGACACUAACUUCGUGCUGGGCAGCUACAAGACGGAGCAGUGCCCAAAGCCCCCGCGCCUGUGUCGCCAGGGCUAUGCGUGUCCGCACUACCACAACAGCCGGGACCGACGGCGAAACCCCAGGAGGUUCCAGUACAGGUCCACCCCGUGUCCCAGCGUGAAGCACGGUGACGAGUGGGGCGAGCCUGCAAGGUGUGACAGCGGGGACAGCUGUCAGUACUGCCAUUCCCGCGCGGAGCAGCAGUUCCACCCCGAGAUCUACAAGUCCACCAAGUGCAACGACAUGCGCCAAACCGGUUACUGCCCGCGGGGUCCCUUCUGCGCUUUCGCACACGUGGACAAGAGCCUUGGGAUGGCCAAUGGCUGGGGCUGCCGAGACCUGGCCCCCACCCCCACCAGCAGCUCCACGGCCAGCAGCGGCCAGCCCGCACACGCAAAGCGGAGAGAGGCCCCUGCUGAGGGCAGCCACCGGCCCAGCGAGCAGGACGGCAAGCAGAACCACCUGUCAGUGUCCACAGUGGCUCACCCGCUCGCCCCCAGCGUGGGUUCCAGCGUGGCGUCCAGCCUGGCGUCCAGUGCCGGCUCCGGCAGCUCCUCCCCGACCACCCUGCCCACCCUCCCGGCCCGCGCCCACCUGCUCGAGCCCCCCGGCGGUGCUGCCGAGCCCCCCCCAGGUAGGUCUAAAACUUCCUCCUCGUCUCCCGAGUUCUCUUUGCACCUAAGUUGUAUUUAUUUCAAGACACAUGGCACAAUGCUCCUUGUUGUAGGAAAGCCACCUGUGCUCUGGGAACCCCCCACCCCCACCCCUGGCAGCAGCUACCUGGCCCUAAGACGAGAGUGGAGGAGCGUGGGGUUGAGGACGGCCAGAGGCCGUGGCACGCUGAGGGGCCCUUAGCUGCUGGGAGUCUUCGAGGGUUUGGGGACUGAUGACCCACGUGAUUGCAGCCCGG